AUCAAACAGAAUCAAAUUAAAGGGAAUAUUGAAGAGGAUGAAAGCCAAAGGGCUUCAGAAACUGAAGUACUAUUGUCAGAUGUGUCGAAAGAGUUUUCGAGAUGAGAAUGGGUUCAAGUGCCAUUGUUUAAGUGAUGGUCACGUAAGACAGAUGGAGCUUUUCGGACAAAACCCUAAUGGGAUUAUCGAGAGUUUCUCGGAGGAGUUUGAGGCUAGCUUCUUGGAGUGUGUGAGGAGGAGGUGCAGGGGUGGGAGCGUUGCGGCGAAUGUGGUGUAUAAUGAGAUAGUCAGUGAUCGACACCACGUGCAUAUGAAUGCGACUAGGUGGAGUACGUUGCAUGAGUUUGUUAGGUAUUUGGGGAGGUCCGGGAAGUGUAGGGUUGAGGAGAGGAGGGAGGGGUGGUUUGUUGGUUGUGUUGAUCGAGGUUCGGGGAGGAAGAGGGUUAGGGUGGAUGAGGAGAGGGAGGAGUGGGGAGUGAGGAGGCAGAUUGAGAGGGCUUGUGAAGAGGUGAGGGUUGAUCAGGUUGGAGUGGAGGAGCAAUUUAAGGUUUUGAGAAGGGAUCGAGGUGAUAAUAGGAAGGUUAAGAUUAGGAUCACGAAGAAUGUGGACAAUGUGAAGAGAAAGGAGGGUUUGAGAGUGAUGGUAAUUGAGGAGGAUGGAAUUGAGAGUAAGGGCGCGAAAUUGGAGGAAUGUAGUGAUGGAGCUUUGGGUGAAUUGAUGAGAGAGCAAGAGGAGGCGAAGGAGAGGAGGAGAAGGAAGGAUUAUUGGUUAUGUGAGGGAAUCGUUGUGAAGGUUAUGAGUAAGGCUUUGGCGGAGAAGGGUUAUUAUAAGCAAAAGGGUGUGGUUCGUAAAGUGAUUGAUAAGUAUGUUGCAGAGAUUGAGAUGAUUGAGAAGAAGCAUUUGCUGAGAGUGGAUCAAGAAGAGCUCGAGACAGUGAUACCCCAAGUUGGGGCAAUUGUGAGGAUUGUUAAUGGUGCAUAUUGUGGAUCUAAUGCCAAGUUAUUAGCGGUUGAUACAAGUGAGUUUUGUGCAAAGGUGCAGAUUGAGAAAGGGUUGUAUGGUGGAAGGGUUCUGCCAGCAAUUGAGUACGAAGAUAUAUGCAAAAUUCUGUAGUGACACUACGAAUAUGCUUCUGACUUAUAAGCCUGAAGUCGGAUAGAAAAUAAGCUUACCCAAACAGGGCCUUAAUAUGAGAUUUAUCAACUGUGCAAGUCACAACUUCUCUAACCGUCUUCCCACCAUUAGCUAUAGUCAUAUUUGGGAGAAAUUCUGGUAUCAAGACCAACCUUAGCAGAAUGGGAACAGGCUUCCAGUCCUAAAUGUGGAACAAGCAAGGAGUUCUCGAAAGUUGCUUGUUUCAGUUUAUAGUACAAAAAGUUCAUUGUCUUUAUGCCAUUCAUGUUAAUCAGCAGUAUUUGCCUAUGGUUCCUUAUAAAUGUUGAACUUUUAUUA